GCGUAAGCAGCUUCCUCUCCUUGUCGGUUAGAUGUCUCUGUAUUCCACGCGGCUUUAUAUAUUUAAUGAAUUCGAGCUUCUGUGAGUUCUAUUAUCAUGCAUUUUAUAAUCUCGCAGAACUUUCUUCUCAGUUUCUAUUUUUCACUCUAUUCCAAUUACAGAAUCUUCAGCCCAGAGAAAACUGAAAUACAUCCUUCUCUGCUGACAGUUGAAUUUAUUUCUUUUUGAUUCCUUUCCAUUCAAUUUCGAGAUCUAACCGAGAAAGCAGCAAAAAAACCCUAAACAGUCUUCUGCCAAAAAAUAUAUAUUUUUGAGGUCUAUUCAGAAUUGUGUUUGUCAACAAGAAGAAGAUGGUCGAGAAUAUAAAGAAUAAUCAAGGAUUAGGUGUCGCCAUGGAUGUUCUUCCUCGAAGCAGCUCCGACUUAUUCGACGAAGAUGGCCGUCCGAAGCGAACCGGGACGGUGUGGACAGCAAGUGCACAUAUCAUAACAGCAGUAAUUGGGUCAGGAGUGCUGUCUCUAGCAUGGGCUGUUGCUCAGAUUGGUUGGGUUGGUGGUCCAGCAGUUAUGAUCCUCUUCUCUCUCGUUACUUACUACACUUCUAUUCUCCUCUGUUCUUGUUACCGCUCAGGCGACUCUGUCACCGGGAAAAGAAACUACACUUACAUGGAUGCUAUCCACUCCAACCUCGGUAAAUUGACAUCUCUGGGUUGUUUGUUAGCAUCACUUUAAGAGUCUGACUGUUAUAGUCAUAUGAAUAGAGCAAUAUUCAAAUGAUCCAAACGCUUGAGCUGAAUAAUGCUUUCACAGAUUAAUUCUUAAAGCGUUAUAUUAAAGGAACUACUUUUGGAAAAAAAUCGUGUUAAAGAUUUUGUUUGGAGAAAUUUCAGGUGGCAUUAAGGUAAAAAUAUGUGGAGUUGUGCAGUAUCUUAAUCUCUUUGGUACUGCAAUUGGUUACACAAUUGCAUCGGCUAUAAGCAUGAUGUAAGUUAAAACUUCGUUUUCAACUUGUUUGUUUUUUAUUGUGCAAAGUCUUCCACAAAAAGUAGACGCGUGUCCCACUUUGCUGUUGAAUAUCGUCCAUACAUGUUUUAUUUAGUUUCGGCUCCAUAAUGCAACUUUCAAAGUCAAUGAAGCAUAAUUUAUUGUAGUUCUGUUAAUAAGAAUCUGCCACAGUUACUUUUCCAAGAUUCUAAAAAGCUGUCACUGUUUCAGAUUCUCCUACUGGUUCCUGCUUUAAUUAUUGUUUGUUUUCUGCUAACUAUGAUUGAAAUUUACAGAGCAAUCCAACGAACAAGUUGCCAACAAAGUAAUGGGGACAAAGAUCCAUGUCAUGUCAAUGGCAAUCCUUACAUGAUUGCGUUCGGUGUUAUUCAAAUCGUAUUCUCUCAGAUUCCGGAUUUUGAUCAGUUAUGGUGGCUGUCCAUUGUCGCUGCAGUCAUGUCUUUUGGUUACUCAAUCGUUGGUCUAGGUCUUGGCAUCUCCAAAGUGGUGGAGAACAAAGAAAUUAAAGGCACACUUACUGGAGUCACCAUUGGGACAGUGACAUCGAGUGGGACAGUGACACCGACCCAGAAAGUCUGGAGAACUUUUCAGUCGCUUGGGAACAUUGCAUUUGCCUAUGCUUAUUCCAUGAUUCUCAUCGAGAUCCAGGACACGUUAAAAUCACCACCUGCAGAGGAAAACACAAUGAGGAAAGCGACUCUCAUAAGUGUAGCCGUGACAACCCUCUUCUACAUGCUCUGUGGCUGCGUAGGGUAUGCAGCAUUUGGGGAUUCCUCACCUGGAAAUCUCCUUGCUGCUGGAGGGUUCAGAAACCCUUAUUGGUUGCUUGACAUAGCCAAUCUCGCCAUAGUGAUCCACCUAGUCGGAGCUUACCAGGUCUAUUGCCAACCAAUCUUUGCUUUUGUGGAAAAAGAAGCCUCCAAGAGGUAUCCAGAGAGUAAGUUCAUCACAAACGAGAUCAAGAUCCACCUCUUUCGGGGAUCCAAGCCUUUCAACUUGAAUCUCUUCAGGCUCGUGUGGAGGACCAUCUUUGUGAUUACAACAACGUUGAUCUCAAUGCUAAUGCCUUUCUUCAACGAUGUGCUUGGUCUCUUAGGGGCUAUCGGUUUUUGGCCUCUAACUGUGUAUUUCCCGGUGGAAAUGUACAUUGUACAGAAGAAUGUGCCGAGAUGGAGUACAAGAUGGGUUUGUCUUCAGGUCUUAAGUUUGGCAUGUCUUGUUGUGUCUGUAGCCGCGGCUGCAGGAUCUGUAGUUGGGAUUGCUACUGACCUAAAGAGUUACAGACCUUUCAAGACGGAUUUCUGAGAGCCUGCCGAACAAAUAAACGCCUGCAAUAGGGAUGAAAUUAUAAUUGGAUGUUGUAACGUUAUCUUUUAAGUUAGUUAACUUUGUUAAGUGUUCCAUAUGAAAUAUUCUACGGAGAACUUGGCUUGAGUUCGUAUUCUUGUUCAUACGUCAUUAGUGAAUUUAACAUAUAUUGGACUGUCGGGAUAAGGGAGAUAUAGUUUUAUCCUAUACAAGGAACACGUUAGGUCUAAUUAUUGUCACUUCACUUCAGUUAAUAUCAUAUACCCAAAGACAAUGUUUAAUCCUGUAUGCAUUAAUUGAGAAACAUUAUUACUUGUGAACUUGAACUAUGUUAUGUAUCAUGAUAACAUCUUCUUCCAGUAUAUAAACUU